AUGGGACGUAAAGGCACUUCUCUGGACCUAUCGCACUCAGACCACAUUCAAGACACUAAGGGACGAAGGGAAAAUCACAUAUCUUUCGGAAAUGCUGAAACAGCUAGGGAAAAUGAUAAUUAUGAUGGAACCGAAAAGGACAUACCGCGCUCGAACUGUAAACUUAACGUUGAAAUACUCACGAGAGAAGGAGAAGAUAGUGAACUAUAUGUUCGGUGCCUCAGUCCGUUGCGGGAAAGCACCAGGCCGGGAGAUGCAAUCCAACACCAACUCAGCAACAGGGUCGAGAGUGAAUGCGGUGAGGGUGCUACAAUGGGCCUCAAACAUUGCCCUAACUCCGAAACAACGCAAGGAUUGCAAGCAUCAAUUGGGAAAUUGUUCCGAAUCGGUACCUUGGGAAGCGUUACGUGGACGAAGGAGAUCCCCAAGGAACCGUGUCGUCUUGUUCUCCCGCACCCUAAUCCUGUCCAGGAAAUUGGGACAACCUUUGAAGAUCAAGAGUCCGUGUAUACUAUGUCAAAAUGUGGCAAAAAUGAUGUCUCAGAACAAGGUUGCAACGAUUCACUCAUGGUUGUAGAUACGUUUAUAAGUGAGCAAGAUCGUCGCCGGAUGGCAUCUACUUUUGGUUAUGAUCUUCCCGUUGAUAGUCGCGAUCCAAAAGAACUUACUGAAGUUACUGAUUAUAUUGAGUGUGUUGCAACAUUCGGGUUUAACCAUAUCAUAAUCAUUGGAGAGAUCGAUUACGGAAUGAUUUUUAUUGAUUGCUAUGGUCGUUUAUUUCACUGGGAAGAUAUGUGUCAAAGGUUGUGGCCAAAUGAAUCAGAUGAUGGUUUACCAUGGUUUGUGGAUGAUGAUGGCGGUGUAUACAAGUACAAAUCACAUUUGCGAAAUUAUAAAGUUUGA